AUGGAAGUGGCUCCUCUCCUCCUUCUCAGCGCGCUGUGGGGCUGCAGCGGACGACCGGUUGACAAGAUGGUGGUGGAGCCGCGGGAGCUGUUGGUGCGGUACGGGGACUCGGUGCAGCUGAACUGCUCGCUGCCCUGCACGGGCGGCACGGUGCAGUGGAAGGGGCUGGACACCAACCUGGGCAGCAUCGACUCCUUCCCCACCCACAGCGUCCUGCACAUCAACAGCGCCGAGGUGGCCACGGCAGGCACCAAGAUCUGCCAGGGCACCUGUGGCGAGGAGCACUACCAGAAAUCCGUCAACCUCAGGGUUUAUGCCCUCCCGGACACGCUGCAGCUCAAGGCGCAGCCGCCAGCCCUGGGGCCGGGUCAGCCCGCCACGCUGCGCUGCUCGGCCCGGCGCGUCUACCCGCCCGGGGGGCUGGCGGUCGCCUGGUACCGGGGGGACCAAGAGCUGCAGAGAAAUGAACCUGAUACAACGGAGACCGACGAGGAGCUGUUCGACGUCGAGGCCACGCUGUCGGUAGCAGGGGAGGACGUGGCGGAGGGCGAGCUGUUCAGGUGCGAGCUGACGCUGAGCAUCGGGACGGAGAUUUUCACCCGCGAGGCGUCCGUGGCUGUGAGCGCAGGGGCUGUGGCAGAGCAGCCGGCGGCGGUGGAGAGCCCCCGCACCACUCUGACCACGACAGGGAGCCUCAGCACCACCAGGCCUGUGGCCACCACGGCGCUGUCCCCAGAGCCGGGUGUCCCCAUGCAUGAUCCCACCUCAGCCCUGACCGUUGCAUCGCAGGAGCCCAAGACCACCUCAGAGCAGGCUGCUGCUACUGACCCCCCCCUAGUGGAGCGCCCCACUCCUUGGGACCCCAUGGCGGGCAGCCCCUCAGCACGUUCGGCCACCGCCACGGUUCCCAGCUCCAGCCCCAUGAGCCCCACAGCUGGAGGCCCGGCCAAGGCAGAGGGCACAGCUGCGCAUGGCACCAGCCGGGGCUCCCACACGGCGGGGACGGGGAUGAUGCCCACCUGCAGCCUGCGGAUCUGGUCGCUGCCUCCCAACGGGACGCGGGGCAGGGCCCUGCGCAUCGAGUGCCACGCGCAGUGCGCUCAGAAUGCCACCGUCCGCUGGCUGCGCACCCCCGUGGCCCUGUCACAGUACCGGGAGGAGGUGGCGGGCAGCGGCUCCACGCUGCAGCUGGACCACGCUGAGCCCCGUCACCAGGGUCACUACCAGUGCAUCCUGCAGGGCCAGCACUCCCAGGCGGUCAGCCUGCAGCUGGUGGUCUCGGACGAUAUGUUCAGCGCUGACCCUGCCAUAGCCAUGGGGACAACGAUGUCACUCCUGGGACUGAUAGUGACCGGUGUCAUAUCUCGUCGCCUGUGGAAACGAUUCAAGUCACAGUAUGAACUGUCCUAAGAGCAGGGACUGCCCCACCACUCCGCACCAGCCCCUGCUGUCAUCCUGUCCGCUGCUGGGCUCU